AGAAUGCUGGGUGUAUUAGCUGCCCAGAAGGACAGAAAUGCGUCCAUUUGUCCAGUAAUGCCCCACUCUGUCUUGACGAUGAGGAUUAUCUCACGGACUGUACCUCAAUUCAUCGUCAAAAUUCCUUGCUGGGAAGUGGAGAAUACACUAUUAAACUUCCACAUAAGGAAAAAAUCCGUGUGUAUUGUGAGAUGGAGACAGACGGGGGAGGUUGGACGAUCUUUCAAAGGCGGACUGAUGGAUCUGUCAACUUUACACGUAAUUGGACAGAAUAUAGAAACGGGUUCGGUAACAUUUCUUCGGAGUUCUGGAUUGGAAACGUCAACUUGUUUAAAAUUCUUCGAUAUGGACGUUACGAAAUGAGAAUGGACAUGGGCGAUUUCGAAGGAGAAUCUAGAUACAUUAAAUACAGUCAUAUAAGCCUUGGGGAUGAGGACACAAUGUUUACCAUUCAUCUGUCAGGAUACUCCGGUAAUAUAAGGGACUGUUUCACACAAAACAAAGGGAUAAACGGCAUGCAAUUUUCGACCUUUGACCAGGAUAAUGAUCUCCUAUCCUCCCGCAGCUGUGCAAUUAAUUAUCCGGCAGGAUGGUGGUUCAAUUCUUGUCACUGUGCAAAUCCUAAUGGAUUGUACCUGAAAGGAGAAACUGACAUCUGGGGAAAAGGAAUUACGUAUGCUUAUUGGAGGGAAAAUUAUUAUUCUCUGAAAUAUACGAGAAUGAUGGUGAGAAGAGUUCUGUAAAUGAGAUAGAAAAAGCUGAAAUACAACAGAUCAAGCGAUUUCAAAUUGAACACAAAAAUCUGAAUAUUUUCUCACAUUUUCCAUCGAGUUGAAGCCAUUUUUAUUGAGUUUAUUUUCUUUUGAUUGCAAUAUUAUUAUUUUGUAAGCAAUACAGCAUUAAAAGAAAAACUUUUGAUAUGUAUACUGUAAAUCAACUUUUAUUCGCGUGCGAGAAAAUAUUUGCGAGUUUCGCGCGACCUACUUUGACUCGCAAAUAUUUAUCGCCGCGAACCAUUUAUUUUGCUUUGUUUUUAUAGAAAAUGUUUCCUCAGUCGCGAAAAUUAAUCGUUGCGGACCGGAUUCACUUCAAACUGACGAAUAGCAAAUAAAAGAUGACGCGAAUGAUAGUUGGUUUAC